GCAAUCUAUCUAUCAUUCUGUCAACAUAUGUACAGUAUUUUCAAUCGUUUUUCAAAAAUGUUUUUAUCUUUUAUAAUAAUUUUAGAAGUUACUGCUUCUUGGAGUACUUCCUGCAAAUUCUGCAUGUUGUCGUUAUUUAAAUAUUGAAAUAAAAAAGGGGAAAAGACGGCUGUAUUCACCAACUACGACGAUAAAGUAGGAUGGCUGUUGAUUUUUAUUUGGCGUUUAACCGACAUAGUUUGUUUGGCCCGCUGAUUGAUUGGCGUUUACUUUAACCAAUAGUAACAGAGCAUAUAGCAUAACCGCGAGCGAUUCAACCAAUGCCGGGUACAGUGGGCGGGGCUUAAUGCCCACCUAACGUAAGCGUUGUUAGUAGGAAGAAGAAGCCGAUUCUGGAAGCCAUUACGUUGCGCAUAUCUAUUGAGUAAAUCCUACUAUUUUUGCGUACAAUACGCACAGUUACCUCUCCAAAAUUGGAAUUUCUGCAAUUAUGGCAUCGGUCGCGAAAAAGAGAAAAAUGAAUUUCUCGGAGAGGGAGGUGGAAAUUAUAGUGGAAGAAAUAGAGAAACAAAAGCACACACUGGUUAACCACUUCAAUGCUGGAGUCACCCACAUGGCAAAGAAUAACGCUUGGGUGGACAUACUGAAAAAGGUGAACGCUGUCACCACCUGUCCCAGAGAGUUACCCGAGGUGAAAAAGAAGUGGUCCGAUAUGAAGACGGAGGUCCGGCGGAAAGUGGCCCAGGCGCGGGCUGCUAUAGAGGGGACCUCCGCUGACUGCACUCCGGUUCCCGUCAUCCUCACUGCCAUGCAGCAGAGGAUCUGUAACCUGCUGGGGGAAGCCACCAUCAUCAGUCUACCUGCGGGAGACUCGGAUGCUGAGAUCAGUCUACCUGUCACAGUGAACACAACCACCACCGUCACACUGGCAGACACUCUUCCAGCUGUCACAGGAGCAGUGUGUGAUGAAGCAAAGCCACUGAAUGCCGAAACAACUUACCACACACUGGAGGACGGAGGCGUGGUGGAGUACUGCACCACCACCGUCGGCGAGCCAGCUCCCACCGUGGUGGCGUCCGUCGAGGCUCCGGUGGAGAUGCUGGCCUCGUCUUCGGCUUCCCCGCCUCCUCCUCAGGGUCAGGCCAAACCUCAGGAGCUGAAGAGCCGCAUCGCCCUCAACUCGGCCCGCCUGCUACAAGAACAGCGAGUCACCAACGUCCACAUCCGACAGAUCGCCCAGCACCUGGAGGGCCAGAACGAGCUGCUGCAGAUGAUGCGGCGCUCCCAGGAGGCUCAGGCAUUCGCGCAGGAAAGACAGGCCCAGGCUCUGGAAGGAACCCAGGCCGCCCUGCUGGCGUUAGUGCAGAUGCUCAGGCCUGCUUUGAAAGACUUGCGCAAAUUCCUUCAGAGCGGCACCGAGGUGGCAAACUCCAGCAGUACAGCAGCGGGAGUAUCGGCCGAUGGGGCGGGAACAGAUGAGCAGAGCAGGCCCAAAACACCGCCACCGCCUCCACAGCAAGCCGAGGAGACACAAUAGACUCUGUGUGUGUGUGUGUGUGUGUGUGUGUGUGUGUGUGUGUGUGUGUGUGAGCGCGAGUGUGUGUGCGAGUGUGUGUGUGUGUGUGGGGCUCCUGCCUGCAUUGCACAUACUGUAGAGGAGUCCAUGCACACAGACUUCAAAGAACCAUGAAGAACAUGUCAGGAGUUGCCUUAGGAAGAGCAUGUACAGAAUUUUAUCUGUUUUAUGAUUUUGUCACAAAAGAGAGAAAAAGUUACGUUUACCACAUGAUUUUUUACUUUUUACAGUCUGUCAGUGUU